CUGAAACAUUGUAGCUUUUCCGGUUUGUACUGCUCAGUUGUUAGCAUUAGCCUUCUUCCAUCCUUCGUGAUACGUUUAUGAUAAAUGAAUUUAAUUUAAAUGAAAUAAAUUAUAUUGUGAGUGAAACAUGAACACGGUGCUUUCCCGCGCAAACUCUUUGUUUGCCUUCUCUCUCAGCGUCAUGGCGGCGCUAACAUUCGGCUGCUUCAUCACCACUGCCUUCAAAGACCGGAGAGUCCCGGUGGAUAUACACGUCUCUAAAGUCAUGUUGAAGAACGUGGACGACUUCACAGGACCCAGAGAGCGCAGUGACCUGGGCUUCAUCACCUUUGACCUCUCUGCUGAUCUGCAGCCCAUCUUUGACUGGAACGUCAAACAGUUGUUCCUCUACCUGUCUGCAGAGUACGCCACCAAGAGCAACGCUCUAAACCAAGUGGUUCUCUGGGACAAGAUCGUUCUCCGCGGGGAGAGCACCAAGCUGAACCUCAGAGACAUGAAGUCCAAGUACUUCUUCUUCGACGACGGCAACGGACUCCGGGCCAAUAAGAACAUCACCCUCUCCCUGUCCUGGAAUGUCGUCCCAAACGCAGGAAUCCUACCCCUAGUGGCCGGCAGCGGUCACAUCAGCCUCCCCUUCCCCGACGCUUACGAGACCACCAGGAGCUACUGAGGACUUCAGAGUCUGAGCUGUUUGGAUUAUUGAUCAGUCUGUGUUUGUAAUAAAAGGUGAAAUCCC